GCCACCACUGCCCUGGUCAGCAGGAACAAGAGUGCAGUGGCUCUGCGGAGCCCAGAUGCUGAUCUGGUACUGGAAAGCAGGAAUUAGCCUGCCUGCCUGAGGAUGCGGUGGGUUCUCUAUCGAAAGGACUCAGAGGGGAUCUGUGCCCACUGCCGGCUUCGUGAUGCUGCCCACAGCUGCCAGCAAGAGGAGAGCCUUCGCAGCCAGAUACCUCACCCGCUCCAAAAGCCUGGUGAUGGGGGAACAGAGCCGGAGCCCCGGGCGCCCGCCGUGCCCCCACAAGUCGGGCCCUGUGCUGAAGGCGGGCUGGCUGAAGAAGCAGAGGAGCAUCAUGAAGAACUGGCAGCAGCGCUGGUUUGUGCUGCGCGGGGACCACCUUUUCUACUACAAGGACAAAGAUGAGACCAAGCCCCAGGGAUUUAUUUCCCUACAAGGGACCCAGGUGACGGAACUUCUCCCUGGCCCCGAGGACCCAGGAAAACACCUCUUCGCGAUCAGCCCAGGUGGCACCGGCGAGCGGGAGAAGGUGCCGGCCAACCCCGAGGCGCUGCUGCUCAUGGCCAGCUCGCAGCGGGACAUGGAGGACUGGGUGCAGGCCAUCCGCCGGGUCAUCUGGGCCCCGCUUGGCGGAGGCAUCUUCGGGCAGCGCCUGGAGGACACGGUCCACCACGAGCGGAAGUAUGGCCCCCGCCUGGCCCCCUUGCUGGUGGAGCAGUGCGUGGACUUCAUCCGGGAACGUGGGCUCUCCGAGGAGGGCCUCUUCCGCAUGCCUGGCCAGGCCAACCUGGUGAGGGACCUGCAGGAUUCCUUCGACUGCGGGGAGAAGCCACUGUUUGAUAGCACGACGGACGUGCACACGGUGGCUUCCCUGCUGAAACUCUACCUGCGGGAGCUCCCCGAGCCCGUGGUCCCCUUCGCCAGGUACGAGGACUUCCUCAGCUGCGCCCAGCUGCUCACCAAGGAUGAGGGGGAGGGGACUCUGGAGCUGGCUAAACAAGUGAGCAGCCUUCCGCAGGCCAACUACAACCUGCUCAGGUACAUCUGCAGGUUUCUAGAUGAGGUACAGGCCCACUCUGACGUCAACAAGAUGAGCGUCCAGAACCUGGCCACUGUCUUUGGACCCAACAUCCUGCGGCCACAGGUGGAGGACCCAGUGACCAUCAUGGAAGGCACGUCCCUGGUCCAGCACCUCAUGACCGUCCUCAUCCGUAAGCACAGUCAGCUCUUUGCCGCCAAGGCCCCGGAAGGGCCCGCCUCCCCGCGCGGCGGCUCCCAGUGCACUGUGGGCUGGGGCUCCGAGGAGGCCCCGCGGGCCGGCCAGGGGGAGCCCAGCGGCCCCAGCCCGCCAGCGCACAGGACCUCCUCCCUGGACGGGCCCGCGGCUGCUGCGCUGGCCAGGACGUCGGCCGCGGGCGCCGGCGGCCCAGGGAGCCGGCUGCAGGCUCUGCCCGGCUGGAAGGCUUCCCUCCGGCCCGGAAGCUCAGCCCCGGAGGUGCCCAUCGUGCCCUCGGGCGGGGGCUGGCUCAGGAACGGGCUGUCCUCCCUGCGCGGCCACCGCCGGACCUCCUCGGGGGACCGGCUCAAGGACGCGGGCUCCGCGCAGAGACUGUCCACCUAUGACAACGUGCCGGCGCCCAGCCCCCUGCCCGGCACGGCCAGCGAGGCCAGCACCGCCUGGUCCGCGGCCUCGUCCUCCCGCGAGGCUUCGCUCAGCAGCUGCACGGCCUGCAGGGCCAGCGACUCGUCCGCCUGCAGCUCCCUGCACACCGAGUGGGCCCUCGAGCCGUCCCCGCUGCCCAGCAGCAGUGACGAGCGCAGGUCCCCGGAGCCGGGCCGCGGCCUGGACGAGGUGGGCACGGGCGGCGUCUCCGGCAGCGAGCCCAGCGACCCGGGCAGCCCCUCCCAGGACCAUGGCCGCCGCUGCCGGGCUCUCCAGGACCUGGUCUCCGAGCUCAGGGCAGAGCUGUGCCGGCAGAGGACUGAAUAUGAGAGCAGCCUGCACAGGAUUGAAGAGGGCAGCGCCGACCUGAGGCGGCAGCUGGCGCGCCUGGAGGAGGAGCUGGCCCAGGAGAGGAAGCGGCGCAGCAUGCUGGAGAUCAAGCUGCGCAACUCGGAGCGCGCCCGCGAGGACGCCGAGCGCCGCAACCGGCUGCUGCAGCGCGAGAUGGAGGAGUUCUUCUCCACCCUGGGGAGCCUGACCGGGGCCCACGCCCCCCAGCAGGAGUGA